GUGAGACCUGCUCGCAGCAGCUGCAGUUUGCGGACAACGAGAUGACCAACAUGCGGAUAAACUACAGUUUACUAUAAAACGGACAAUAUAAUGAACCUUUACCAGCUGGCUAUUUUACUGGGAGCAUCAUUGUGCGUGUGUGAUGGGGUCCAUGUCACAGUGCAGCGGAGGCAGCAGCUUGGGAUGCUCUUCCAGUCUGUGGUCCUCCCGUGUCAGUAUCAAACAGCCUCCACCCAGACCCCGGUGGUGCAGUGGUGGUACAAGUCCUACUGUCGAGACCGCACGCGAGAGUCCUUCAACCUGCCGGAGCGCCUGGGCAUGCAGGCUUCUGAGCUGGGACCCACGGCCCACCUGGAGUGUUCCGACAGCACCCGCACGGUUCGGGUUGUGGCCUCAGCGCAAGGAGCUUCCAUGACACUGGCUGAGCACUACAAAGGCAGAGACAUCUCCAUCAUAAACAAAGCGGACCUGAGGAUCGGGGAGCUGCAGUGGGGCGACAGUGGAGUGUACUUCUGUAAAGUCGUUAUUGCUGACGAUCUGGAGGGGAGGAAUGAAGGCCACCUGGAGUUACUUGUGCUUGGCAGGACAGGUCAGCGGGACGAUCUCUUACCUGAGUUUGAUAUGGAGAUUAUGCCAGAGUGGGCAUUUGUGGGAUCUGUAGUCCUGGGCAGCAUCUUGUUCCUGUUGUUGUUGGGAAUCUGCUGGUGCCAGUGUUGUCCUCAUUCCUGCUGCUGCUACGUCCGCUGCUGCUGCUGUCCUGACACUUGCUGCUGCCCACGACACUUGUAUGAGGCAGGGAAGAUGGCAAAGAGUGGACAACCACCCCAGGUGCCAGUUUAUCCCUACUACAUCCCUGGUGUCCCUACUGUGGUCCCUCUUGCCCCUUCAUCCCACAUGGAGCCAAAAAUCACCUCUCUCCCUUCAGUGGAGAACAACCUGGCUGGAGUGCGCAGUGGUUACCGACUGAAAGCCAGUCCAGACCAGGACUCAAUGAAAGUUCUGUACUACAUAGAGAAGGAGCUGGGUCAGUUUCCCUCUGCCAAGAUGGCUGCACUCAAACCUAGUAGCCUAUCAGAGCUGAGCUCUCUGCAUGAUGGAGGGACUACAGACUUCAGACACACCUAUCAGACGGUCCAGAUGAAGGCGCUCCCGCCCAUUGCAGAUCUCGAUGACCAUUCAGUGGUGAGAACUGCUCCACCUGCACAGAGUCGGAGGCCCAGGCGGGACAGAGGAAACCACUCAGAUGAUGAACUAGACAGAAGGUGGAACCCUCGCUCAGAGCACCUGAAGAGAAAGACUCUGAGCAGAAGAGGGCGUACCGGCUCCCUGGACGAGCUGGAGGAAUUCGCUCGUUCUUACGGUUCCCGUGGUCGACGGGCUGAGCCUCCAGAUCAGGUCUAUGAUCGGGAUUACAGCCCUCCCAGGCGUUUCUACAGAGAUGAAGAUGAUGGCUGGAGGCGCCGCAGCCCCUCACCUUUACCACAAAAGAGAAGGGACACAUGGGACAGUGAUCGCCCCUCUCGGCUUCCCAAAAGCCGAGAUUACGACAACACCUUCCUCAACAGUGUGCUGGAAAGCAAGGCGAGGGGGCGGGGAGGGGACAGAGGCGCUGGGAGGAUGGACGAGGACAGUGACACUCCCUCCAAAGGCAGCUCCAGGGGAAAGGGCAGCGAUAGUUACUACAGUCGGUCACCUAGCAACCGUCCAGAAGAGGAGGACCCUUUGCCUCCGUACACUGAGCUGGAGGCAGAGCGGUACCGCAGGGCUGACCCAACCACAGACCGGUACCGCACUGCAGAACCUCCCAGAUCAGAGAGAUACAGGACCACUGAACCAGCCAUGAGGCCUUUCUCUUACACCCGCCCCCACCAGGGGAUGUCCCAUACACUACAGGGGGGCAGAGAGGAGAGAGACAGGAGUCGGAACCUGAGCACUGCACUGAGCAGGGACUCUCUCAUAGUGUGACAAGGUUUCCCAGCCUCCACCCGCACAACAAUGCCAGUCCGUUCGUUUAAUCCGUCCUGUUGCCACACAGGAGUGGGAUAACUGUUCUACCAUCAGCCACAUGAAGUCUGACUCUUCUCACUGAAAUAACUGCACUGAAAAACAACAUCAGUGGAUGGAAAAUGAGUGUGCACGAAGCAGCAUGUGCAGACGUUUCUGUGGGUGCAGGACAUUUUUACUCAAGUGCAUGAAUUAAACCUGUGUAUUUCUGCAUACCUGUGUAUUUCUGUGUGGCAAAUGGUGAUGGUGCAUGUGUGGUGUGUGCACCAGUUUAAUUUGUUGAAUUUGAGUUGAGUUGAGUGUCUGGAUUUACUUUAUACCAGUGCCAAGAUGUGUAUAUAUAUAUUUUAUAAAUUAUCUGCCAAAUUCAGAAUGGUCUUUUGUAAACUAAGCAGAACACUACAGUCUUAUUAUUUUCCUACAGUCUUCAUACUCAGUACACUGCAACUCAGGUUCGCUUUAUAUUUUUGUUUCUGUUGAUAUUGUGCUGUAUGUAAGUACUGUACCUUGAAUUUGUCUGCAAAUUUUAAUUGCACUGCUUUAAAUACUUUUUGAAUAAAGAAAACUCAGUAA